ACCUGAGGGAAAUGAAAGUUAGGGAAGGGGUUGUUUUAGGAAGAUAGCUUAGUUGGUGACCAACAGUCUGCAACAUAAUGACUCCUUCUGACCUGAUCUUCAGUUUGGUCCUCAUCACACGUCUCCCAGGAUGUUUCUGUGGUGUGACCACAGUAGAAGACCAUUCGGUCCUGGAGGGUGAGUCGGUGGUGAUCCCAUGCCACUAUGAACCCCAGUACGCCGGCUAUGUGAAGUACUGGUGUCACGGCAAAAUGAAAGACUUCUGCACCAGUCUGGCCCGUAGCGAUGCCCCCUGGACACCAGCUGGACAGGGCAAGGUGGUCCUGUUUGAUGACCCGGUACAGCAGGUGUUCACAGUGACUAUGAAGAACCUGCAAGAAGCUGACUCAGGAUGGUAUUGGUGUGGUGUGGAGGUGGGUGGAGUCUGGAGUGCUGAUGUCACAGCCUCCCUGCACAUUAAUGUCUUCCAAGGUUUGUCAGUGGUGAACAGAAUGCUGAGAGGAGAGGAAGGGUCCAGCAUCACUGUCCAGUGUCUUUACAGCCAGGGAUUGAGGCUGACUGAGAAGCGAUGGUGUCGUAGUGGUGACUGGAGCUCCUGUGUAUUAACGGACAGUGAGGGGAGGUAUGAGGACCAGGCAGUGGAGAUCAGAGACAACCUGACCAAUGCUUUCACUGUCACACUGAAGAGCCUAGCUCAAAAAGACACAGGCUGGUACUGGUGUGCUGCAGGACAAAAACAAUUGCCUGUUCACAUCUUUGUUGCUACACCUGCCACAACAGUGCUUGUUGCUAAAAUGACAUCCACACCAGAAGACACAGAGUCUAAGUUUGUCCCUACUCCUCCUUCUUCUCCUCCAAGACUAAUAUCUAAUGGAGCAGAACACCACAGAACAUUGUGGGAAUAUUCUCUGAUGGUGUGUGGAGUUCUGUUCAUUGUGCUGGUUCUGGUUCUACUGCCAUGGAAGAUUCAGGUCCAAUACAUAAAAAACAAGAGGAAAAGACAGGCAGAAGAGCUGAAAGCCAAGCAAAGUGACCCCCAAUGUGGAGACGACUGGAAGAACAGCUCUGUUAUCUUAUUUAACUCCACCUCAGAUAAAAUGUUUGGUUUCUGAUCCCAGGCACCUUCACUCACUUCCUGUGUCAGGCCGUUAUUGUACAUGAGAAUUUAUUCUUAAUUGACUUGCCUGGUAAAUAAAUAAAUAAACUCACUAUAUUCAGGGUUGGAUGCCAUCUUGCUGCA